AUGCUAAAAAUCAUUAUUCCUACUGCUAUACUUAUACCAGUAACAUGACUAUCAAAACCCAAUAUAAUCUGAAUCAACUCAACUGCCUACAGCCUAUUGAUUAGCCUUAUCAGCCUCUCCUACCUGAACCAAUUGGGUGAUAAUAGUCUAAAUUUUUCACUACUAUUUUUCUCAGACUCACUCUCCGCACCUUUACUAGUGCUAACAACAUGACUCCUACCACUAAUACUAAUGGCCAGCCAGUCACAUUUAUCAAAAGAAAACCUAACUCGAAAAAAACUAUAUAUUACAAUACUCAUUCUCCUACAACUCCUUCUGAUCAUAACAUUUACCGCCACAGAACUAAUUAUAUUCUACAUUCUAUUUGAAGCUACACUAAUCCCGACCUUAAUUAUUAUUACCCGAUGAGGUAACCAGACAGAACGACUAAAUGCCGGCCUAUACUUUUUAUUCUAUACCCUAGUGGGCUCACUACCUCUUUUGGUCGCACUAUUAUACAUCCAAAAUACAAUAGGGACUUUAAAUUUCCUAAUUAUCCAAUACUGAGCCAAACCUAUCUCAACCACCUGGUCUAACAUUUUCCUCUGACUAGCAUGCAUGAUAGCAUUUAUAGUAAAAAUACCUUUGUACGGGCUUCACCUCUGACUACCAAAAGCACAUGUCGAAGCUCCUAUCGCUGGCUCAAUAGUCCUUGCUGCCGUACUAUUAAAACUAGGGGGGUACGGAAUAAUGCGCAUCACGGUCCUACUCAAUCCCGCAACAAACCAAAUAGCAUACCCUUUCAUGAUACUAUCCCUAUGAGGAAUAGUUAUAACAAGUUCUAUUUGCUUGCGCCAAACUGACCUAAAAUCCCUAAUUGCAUACUCAUCCGUAAGCCACAUAGCUCUAGUAAUUGUAGCAGUACUAAUUCAAACACCCUGAAGCUAUAUAGGAGCUACAGCCCUAAUAAUUGCUCACGGACUAACUUCAUCUAUACUAUUCUGCCUUGCAAACUCAAACUAUGAGCGAGUACAUAGCCGAACAAUAAUCCUAGCACGAGGCCUACAAACUAUUCUUCCUUUAAUAGCUGCCUGAUGACUGCUAGCCAGCCUAGCAAACUUAGCCCUGCCACCCACAAUUAACCUAGUCGGAGAAUUAUUCGUAGUAAUAGCCUCCUUCUCAUGAUCAAAUAUGACUAUUAUUCUAAUAGGUACAAAUAUCAUUAUCACAGCCCUAUACUCCCUCUAUAUACUUAUUACAACCCAACGAGGGAAAUAUACACAUCACAUCAAAAAUAUUAACCCAUCAUUCACACGAGAAAACGCCCUAAUAGCCCUCCAUAUACUCCCCCUUCUUCUUCUAUCACUUAGCCCCAAAAUUGUACUAGGUUCUGUUUACU